AUGGUCCUCAUUACGCGCAGCAUCUCUCUCACCAACUUCCUCGUCGCAUCCUCCGCUCUCGCCUUCCAGGUCUUCGUCCUCUAUCCCUGGCACAAGCAGCUCGACGAGAGCUUCGAGGAUCUGAAGAAGGAGCAUCUACGGGUCCUGCAGGUUUUGGAUCGGGUCGAGCAUGGCAAGGCUGGCAGUAGCAGUGGGAAUGUCACUGGGGAGAGUGUCAUUGGGAGUGGAGGUUAG